AUGGCUCCGGUGGCCAAUCCCAAGUCCUUCUGCCUGGACAUCAAGAAGUCCGGCGAGGCGCCCAAGCUCAUGGAUUUCAUGAAAGGCACCACCACCUUGGGCUUUGUGUUCCAAGGUGGCAUCAUCAUUGCAGUGGACUCACGGGCCUCCAUGGGCAGUUACAUUGGCUCCCAGACUGUGAAGAAGGUCAUCGAGAUCAAUGACUUCUUGCUUGGUACCAUCGCGGGUGGCGCCGCUGAUUGCUCGUUCUGGGAGCGCCAUCUGAAUCGGCUAUGUCGCAUGCACGAGCUUAGGGAGAAGGAGCGGAUCUCCGUGGCGGCCGCCUCUAAGCUUUUGGCCAACAUCUUCUGGCAGUACAGGGGUCAAGGCCUCUCCUGUGGAACAAUGGUGGCUGGCUGGGACAAGAAGGGCCCCUCCCUUUACAUGGUGGAUGAUCAGGGCGAUCGCCACAAGGGCAACGUCUUCUCUGUUGGUUCGGGAUCGACCUUUGCGUAUGGUGUUCUCGACACUGGGUACCGCUUUGACCUCACGGUAGACGAGGCCGUAGAGCUGGGCCGCCGCUCCAUCUACCAUGCCACCCACCGAGACGGUGCCUCCGGUGGUGUGGCACGCGUGUACCACGUUCACGAGAAGGGCUGGACCAAGGUGAUUGCUGGCGAGGAUGUGAACAAGCUGCACUACAUGUAUGCAGCAGAGAAGAAUCUGAAGGGUGAUGAAUGA